AUGUCUUUGUUUAUUGAAAAGAGCAUGCUAGCAUCCAGAUUUCUAUCUUGUCUAAUGGCCAUUUCGAUUUCCGUCUUGAUUGUUUCUUCAUUGUCACUUGUCCAAUUUGCUGAUAAUUCAUUCAUACCAAGUUCAGUGUAUAGGUUAAUUCUUGCUAAUCCUAAUUCUUCUCUAUACUCAACCUCAUGUGUAGAAUCUAAAACCCCUUUUUUGCCUCUUGAAACAUCAUUUGAAAAAAACGCGAAAAGCCACAAUACAACAUCAUAUCAAGCAUCCAGUUCUAUUAGCAAUUCAAGUGGAUGUGAUACUAAACAAGCUCUUCUUAGGGUGUAUAUGUAUGACUUACCCCCUGAAUUUCACUUUGGGCUAUUAGGUUGGAAAGGAAACGGAAAGGAAAUGUGGCCUAAUGUUGAUAUGCAGGGUCAAGUACCCUCAUACCCCGGUGGCUUAAAUUUACAACAUAGCAUUGAAUACUGGCUUACCCUUGAUCUUCUAUCGUCUAAUAUUACAAGACCAUGCACUGCUAUUAGAGUGCAGAAUUCAAGUGAGGCCGAUGUAAUCUUUGUCCCAUUCUUUUCGUCUUUGAGUUACAAUAGGCAUUCUAGGCCUCCUGGAAAGGGAAAGGUCAGUCUAAAUAGAAUACUACAGGAUAGAGUGGUAGAGUUUUUAAGAAGUAGACAUGAGUGGAAGAUAAGUGGUGGGGUAGAUCAUGUGAUUGUUGCUCACCAUCCCAAUAGCAUGUUGGUUGCAAGAAAAAAGUUGAGCUCUGCAAUGUUUGUGCUUGCAGAUUUUGGAAGGUAUCGAAAGAAAAUAGCAAAUAUUGAAAAGGAUGUGAUUGCUCCUUACAAACAUAUCGUCAAGACAUUAGAUGCUAACAACUCACCCUCUUUUGGGCAACGUCAUAUAUUAGUUUAUUUCCAGGGGGAAAUUUAUAGGAAAAAUGGUGGAACAAUCCGUCAAGAAUUAUACCACCUUCUCAAGGAUGAAAAAGAUGUACACUUUUCUUUUGGAAGCAUAAAAUCAAAUGGUGUUAGGGAGGCUGGACGAGGAAUGAUGUCUUCCAAAUUCUGCCUAUAUAUAGCUGGAGAUACCCCUUCAUCCAACCGCUUAUUUGAUGCUAUUUCUAGUCAUUGUAUUCCUGUAAUUAUUAGUGAUGAUAUUGAGCUACCAUUUGAAGAUAUUCUAGAUUAUUCCAAGUUUUGCAUUUUUAUUCCUUCUUCGUAUGCUGUAAGGAAGGGAUAUCUUCUAAAUUUCCUUAGAGGAAUCAAGGAGGAUCAGUGGAUCAAAAUGUGGAAAAGGUUGAAGGAGUUCACAAAACAUUUUGAGUACCAAUAUCCAUCCCAACCUAAUGAUUCAGUCGAUAUGAUUUGGCAGGUAAUUGCAAGAAAGUUGUCGUAUAUACAACUGAAGGCUCAUCGCCACAAUAGAUAUCGUACUUCAUAG